ACCCAGACCCUUCUGCUCCCCCACCUUCUACACAUCUAUAAGGCAGAGGCUCAAACUUCACCUUCACGACUUGAGGCUGGGCAGGGCCUGUGGCGGGAGGACUGGGCAGAGCCUGGCCUGGAGCAGAGAAAUCUCUCAAGCCAUCAGUCCCCAGCUCUGGAGGGAUACCGGAGCCUGGCCUCCUCCUCAAAGCAAAUGAGAAUGUUAUGUGUGGACAACUGAACAGUACUGGGGACUGCUGGACUGGCCCUGAGCAGGAGGAGAUCUGGCCUCUGGAAAUGUCCCUUAAGGAAGUAAGCCACUCUGGAGAGAAGACCCCUCCCCCUCCCAAAAAAUCACAUGUGGCACCCAGAGGCCUCGAGCGGAGAUGGACUUGGCAGAAGACCUGGAGAAAGAGCUGGAGACCACAGCCCAGGAAGUGCUGGGGAAACUCAGGAGCGGUGAACUGUUCCAGUCUAACUGGGACACUGCUGCCUUCAUCAUCUUCCUUAUCUUCCUCGGCACCGUGUUGCUCCUGCUGCUGCUGGUCUGUCUCCACUGCUGCUGCCACAGCUGCUGCAGCCGCCGCGCCUCCAGACCCCGGAAGGUGAGCCCCGAGCAGGAACACCGCAGGGGAGUGGAUAACUUGGCCCUGGAACCUUAACGCAGCGAGCCCCCCAGCCCCCCUGUCCGUGUGUCCUGCUGGCACAAUGCCGAUGCCUUGGUUGUCCGGAAUGUGUUCUGAGCUUCCCUUCAAGGGGUGGGCAGUGUGGGCACUCGAUGCUUUCUCCGGAUGCCCACCUGCUCCCCCACGGCUUUCAGCGGGCUGGACUGUCGCUCCAGGUCCCACAGCAACUGCUGACAGCAGGGGAAGCUGGGCUCCAACUCAGUGGCCCGAACCCUGAGGCCGAAACCUUGUCCCCAGCCCACUCAGUGCCUUGGCAGCCUGGAGGACCCCCUCAAAGGUGGGACAGGAGGCCAGGGGCUCCGUCGUGGGGUACUCCACCCAGGUGCUGAUGAUCAGGGAUCCCCAGCUUGGUCCUCACUCAGACAGACAGACAAGACGCUCCAGGUAAAGUCAGAUGAUCUUUAUUUCCUGGAGGCCUUGUCAGGGAUGCGGAGCAAACACAUUCAAGGACACCACAUCGAGGCGGUGGAUGGUUCUGUCUGCCCUCCUGACUCCCAGCUUAGGGCCCUUGCCCACUCCUCACCCUCCAACAGAGGGGAAAGUAUGGCUGCCCGUCACCAUCCUGGGGCAGGUCAGAAGGCAGAAAGAGGAGGGAGGAGGAGAGCCCUGGGCCUGGCGCCACCCCAAGUCCAAAGGUUCCCGCUGUGAAGGGAGGGCAGGGUUUGGAAUGUGGGCCACCUCUGGGCUCUGCCUUCCUGACCACCCCCAGUAAAAGAAAAAGCAAGCCAGCAUCCCUGUCUCUCCGUGCUUCCAGUGCUCAUUUCCAUCUGUGCAAAUGUGAUGAGCAGGAUGGGGCAAAGAGAGAAAUAAAUAAUAGCCCAUGC